UAUACACUUUCUGCUCGCACGGCGUCUUGCAUUUUAACUGUAUUACUUUUUUAUCGUGCUAGAAUGCGACAAACAGAGAGACGGAGGGUGAAGAAUUGUCCGAGUAAAUAUUCUUUUCUUCUCUUUCCCUUUUUUUUUUAUUUCCUCGUAUCUGAAACCGUGAGAGUAUAUGAUCGUGAUUAUAAUAAGUGUUCUUGGUUUUCCCCGAACAUGCAAUUUCCACGCAGGCUGAAACUUCUUCUUAUGAUCAUCGCUAUAAAUUUAACAUUGUUGAGUAUUGCACACCUACGUUUACUUGAAUUUUUAAAGCAAAACGCUCACUGCUUCAGCCGGUCUGUAGGGUCAUCGAUUUAAGGGGCACGCUUUUCGUUUCUUUUUUUUUCCUACGAGCAUUACAAGCACGGCAGGAAAGCCACGGCAAUUGCGUAUGUAAUUUAAACGCAGAUGCAAAUAUUUAAUAACCGCGAGGAAACUCACAGUAAGGAAUAUGUUCUUUCGUUUCGCCUUCUCUUGAAGAUUUUCAUUUCGUGCAGUGACGCUCAGUUCUACACACUGUGGGAUUGAUCAGUUUUACUCAUUGUCAGUAAUGUAAUACUCUUUAGUAUCACUUAUAUAUUUUUUUUUUUAAGAAAGAGACACGAGAAUAGUGAACGGAUAUAAAAAACGAAAAGAAUAUGAAACAAACACCUACAAGCACGAUCAACCGAUCUAUAGAAAUUCCGCUUCGCAUUUUUGGUAUCUGGCCGAACUCAUCGUACAUUCUGCUCUGUAGAUUAUUUUGGACGAUUACACUAGCAGCCACUCAAUCUUUUCAAUAUCGAUAUUUUAUUAAAUACUUUUACAUCGCCGAUCUGUCCGAUCUAAUGGAUUGCUUAAGUGCCACCUUGAGUUUUAGCCAAUUUUUUUUUAAAAUCACUAUUUUCUGGCUCAAUCAGCGAACAUUCGAUAAGAUAUUGACGAUGAUGGCGAUGGACUGGAAGAAAAACAGCAAUGCCGAUUUUAGUAGACGUGCUACAAUCAGCAAAGCCAUUCUAUCGCAUAAUUUUUCAAAUUUUUGCUUCGGUACUGUUUUCAUAGUCGUAAUAUUUUAUACCGGUAGCGUUUUCGCUUUUAACACAUUUGACCUAGACAAAACUGAUACGUCCACGCGAGCGCUUAUUCUAAAGAUGGAUUUUCCAUUCAAUACUGAUACGCGAUUCAUUUAUGAAUUUUUAUUAUUCUCACAAAUCUUUUGUACCUUAUUCGGUGCCUGUUGCAAUAUCAUGGUAAACACUCUUCUUAUUGUCUUGGUACUGCAUUUAGCUGGUCAAAUCGAGAUUCUCAGUAAAUGGUUAACAGAAAUUAUUUUAAACGAAGACGAAUACAGAAUGAGCCUAACAAUGAUAAGGAAAAUAAUUGAAAAACACCAGAAUAUUAUCAGUUUUUCAAAAAACAUUGAAAAUUUAUAUUCCAAUAUUGCGUUAAUUUUAUUCGUGUCAGACACAUUAGUUAUAUGUGCUCUCGGUUUUGUAAUCGUUACCUCAAUUGGAAGGGUCGAUACUGCUGCGAUUCUAACAAAGUGCAUUGGAUUUUACCUCAUGAUGAAUUCUGAAGUAUUCAUGUUUUGUUUCGCUGGAGAGUACUUGAACUCUAAGAGUAAAGUAAUCGGAGACGCCGCAUACAAUUCCCGUUGGUAUCAAUGCAGAGCUCAGGACAGUCGGAUUAUCUUAUUUCUGAUAAUGAGAUCGCAAAACCAGAUGACGAUUACAGUUGGGAAAUUCAUGGAUCUUUCCUUCGAACGGUUUGUCAGCGUAAGAAUACUAUCAAAAUAUUUUAAUAUUUUAUAUUUUAUUGUUUCUUUAUCGUUUAUUGUUUUAAUACUAUUGAAAUAUUUUUUAUUGUGCUUGAUUUUUUUCUUAGAAAUAUUGAUGAUAUUUACAGUGCUGCAGUUUUUAGGUAGAAACGAAAAGAAUAUGGAACAAACUCCAACAACCACUAUCAAUCGAACAGUAGAAAUUCCACUUCGCAUUUUUGGUAUCUGGCCAGGCUCACCGUACAUUACAUUCUAUAGACUAUUUUGGGCAAUUGUAUUCGCGGCCGCUCAAACUUUUCAAUAUCGAUAUAUUAUUAUGAAUUUAUACACUGACGAUUUUCCUGAUCUGAUGGAUGGCUUAAGUGCAUCCUUGGGUUUUAGCCAAUUUUUAUCAAAGCUCAUCGUUCUCUGGUUCAAUAAACGAACGUUCAAUGAAAUAUUGACGAUGAUUGCAAUGGACUGGAAGAAAAAUAAAGAUGACAAUUUCAGUAUACGUGUGACAAUAAGCAAAGCCAUUCUGUCGCAUAAUUUAGCUAAAUUCGUCUUCGGUUUCUUUUCGAUAGCCAUAACGUUAUAUUCCGCUAGCGUUUUUACCUUCAACACGAGUAAUCUAGAAGAGCCUGACACAUCCGCUCGACCUCUCAUUCUGAAAAUGGAUUUCCCGUUCGAUAGUGACACACGAUUCGUUUACGGAUUGAUAUUAGUUAUACAAUUCUUUGUCGUAGCGUUCGGUGGCAGUGCCGUUGUCAUGAUAAAUACUCUUCUUGUAGUCUUGGUACUGCAUUUAGCUGGCCAAAUCGAGAUUCUCAAUAAAUGGUUGACAGAAAUUGUUUCAAAGGAAAAAGAUGGUUAUAGACUGAGCCUAAUAAUGAUAAAGAAAAUAAUUGAAAAGCAUCAGAACAUUAUUGCCUUUUCAAAAGGCAUCGAAAAUUUGUAUUCCAAUAUUGCGCUGAUUAUAUUCGUAUCAGACACAUUGAUUAUCUGUGGUCUCGGUUUUAUACUCGUUACGGCACUUGGAAGACCCGAUGCUGCUACGAUUCUAAUAAAGACCGUUGGUUUUUAUUUUAUAAUGAAUUUUGAAGUUUUCAUGCUGUGUUUCGCUGGAGAAUGUUUAAGUACUAAGAGCAAAGCAAUCGGAGACGCUGCGUACAAUUCCCAUUGGUAUCAAUGCAAAUUUCAAGAAAGCCGGAUUAUCUUGUUUCUGAUAAUGAGAUCGCAAAAUCAGUUAACGAUUACAGUUGGAAAGUUCAUGGAUCUUUCCUUCGAACAAUUUCUCGGUAUUAUGAAAGCUUCAGCAUCUUACGUAUCAUUUAUGCUGGCGGUAUAUUGAAGACAAGAACGCCAGUGUUUAGUAUAAUAAUUAUAAUAAAAUUAUAAUUUAUAAGUGUUAAAUCUUAUUAUUGUAUAAAGAAUAUGCACAAACUAAAUAAAAAUUGUAUUUCACUGUA